GUGGUGGCGGGUUCCUCUCUCCAAUAAGACUCUCCCCGCGCUCUCUCCAACCUCCCUUCUUCCAGCCAGGCCUCGAGCGGUGCCUUCCCGGGACAGCGCCGCCGAGAGUGAGGAUAAGGACGAAUUGGAGGACAACGACGAGGACGAAAAUAAAGACAUUGGAGGACAAGGGCGAGGACGAGGAUAAGAACGAAUUGGACAAAACUAGGACGAGUCAAGGUUACAAGGACGAGGGUAAGGGCGAGUUGGAGGACUAAGGCCUAGGCAAUUCAAGGCCGCGAUGAGCACCACGACCUACCCUUCCCUGGGCACGGAGGGGGACGACCUGGUCAAGAAGAUGGAGGAGCUGAGGAUCAACUUCGGCCUCAACGCCUCGAUGCUCUACAGCGAACUGAACAACUUUGUGCAGGACAGUAUCCCCGGUGGUAGUGGUGGCGGCGGUGGUGUUAGUGAGGGUGGAGGUGGUGGAGGCGUGGAUGAUGCGGUAGUGGAGCCGGGCGAGCGGAACUCCUCGUUGGCGGUGGUGGAGGUGGUGGUGCUGGUCCUCAUCCUGGUGGUGGCGGUGAUCGGCAAUGUGUUCGUGCUGAUCGCCCUGUGGCGCCACUCGGUGUUCCAGCCCAUGUCCCGCUGCUACCUGUUCAUGCUGCACCUCAGCCUGGCGGACCUCAUGGUGGCGCUGCUCAACAUCUUCCCGCAGCUCGUCUGGGACAUCACCUACAGGUUCCGCGGCUCCGACCUCCUCUGCCGCUUCGUCAAGUACGCCCAGGUGUUCGUGCUCUACGUGUCCACCUAUAUGCUGGUGUUUAUGGCCGUGGACCGUGCCCGGGCCGUGCAGGGCAGCGGGCGGGGGUCACUGCGGGCGGCGCGGCUCAUGAUCGCGGGGGCGUGGGGCCUCGGCCUGGUGCUGGCGGCGCCGCAGACGAUACUGUUCUCGGUGCGGGAGGUGGAGCCGGGCGUGCAAGACUGCUGGGUGGUGUUCGAGCUGGUGAGCGAGCAGGCCUACGUCACCUGGUUCGUGGUGUCCGUGUUCCUCGUUCCGCUGGCCAUCAUCGCCGUCUGCUACAGCUACAUCUGCUGGGCCGUGUGGCACAGCGCGGGGCCCUCUAAGCCUCUCUCAACGCUCAGCCGCCGCCUCUGCUUCGGCUGCAUCAAGCGGGGCAGCCGGCGGGGGCAGGAGAUGCGGCUUAACUUCGAACUACAGCCGAUGUCGUGCAGUGGCUCGGCGCCGCACCUACGAACCUCGACUGCCACGGCGAAGGUGUCGGCGGCGAAGAUGAAGACGGUGCGCAUGACCUUCACAGUGGUGUUCGCCUUCGUGCUGUGCUGGGCGCCCUUCUGCAUCGCCCAGCUCCACAGCGUGUACAACAAGCCCGAGGACCUGAGCACUCUGAGCCCCGUCACCGUGGUCUGCAUGCUCCUCGGCUCCCUCAACAGCUGCACCAAUCCCUGGAUCUACCUCUACUUCAGUGGCACCCUCCUCAACCAGCUGCGGGUCGUGUUGGGAUUCGGGCCGAGCAGAUGCAGCGAUAACAUCUCUCUCGGGGACCAGGAGCCUCGCAACCAGGACUGUGACCCCAGCAAGAGACCAGUGACCCACACCAACAUGCUCUGAGAUACGGCCAUCACCACCCCCACACCCAGACCCGCGCCUCACCCCUACCUCUCGCCCACCUGAGGAGCUCCACGAUGCACAUGCGUUCACCUGCGUCGCUCGUUUAAGGUGACUAGUAGGGUGCGGAGUGCGUGUUCCUCGGUGUGUUAGAGUGGUGCGGUGGAGUUUAUGAGAGAUCUGAGGCCUUUAUCGAGCCUGCAGACCUUCCGAGCGGGACUAUGUGGGGUGUGGUGAGCUUGGCCAAGUGUUAUGGGGUGUUGUGUUAGAGGAGGAGGAGGAGGAGGAGGAAGAGAAACUGAGUAGGAGAACGAGGAGGAGAAGUAGGAAGAGAAGGGAUGCUCUGGGUUAAACUUGAGCAUCCGUUUAACCUAAGAUUACAAUAUAGAUUUUGGUACUUUUGACUAUUCUGUAUCUAUCUGUGUAUCUCUUUAUCAGUCUACCUGUCCAUCCAUCUAUCUACAUAUCUAUCUAUCUAUGUAUCUAUGUAUCUAUCUAUCUAUCUGUCUCUCGCCCGAGCUACAAUCAUCACACUUUCCCACACACAAGCCUUGCAGUUUUUGGAAUCCGAUGCUGCGCUAUUUCCAGUUGGACCAAACGCGGCACUGCAUCACCUGACAUCUUGUACAUAGCCACGCCGCGCACGAGAAUCAAUAGGCAAUCCAAACACAGGCUCGGGAGGCAAAAAUAUCUCGUUGUAUGUGCGUCUGUCUCCAUGAGCCUAACGUGUUUCUGCCUCGUCUGGCAUAUAUAUCUUGCACGUGGUCUUUUUUCUUAUUUCCAACACUUGUAUAGUAUAAUCAUGUGCGUGUAUGUGAGAGCGGGGGGUUCGUGUACGUGUAUGUGUGUGUGUGAGUGCAUGUGCGUGUGUGAGUGUGUGUGUGUGUGUGUAUAUAUUUUAGUGUGCCAUGGAUGGAGGGUGUGAGUGAGGUGCCGCCGCUAACAGGAAACGUAGCGACACUCCUCUGUCUCUUGGUGCCAUUAACGGAGGCAGCGAGCAGGGAAGUUAAGAUGAGCGCCAUUAAGGACGGUGCCAAGGGAGCCAUCACCACGGGACGCCACGCCCCGCUUUAAGACCAGAGCCAUUAACGGGGUGGAAGGGGAGCCAUCGAGCAGGGAAAGGUCGGGAGCUGUGCCGCUGAAGGUGACAGGGGACAUGACACCCACUCACCCAUCCCCACCACGCCUCGUCAUGCCACUCCACGACCCUCGCUGUGAUUAGAGACCCAAACGUGGACUCAACAAAUUUUCGAACUAUGCCCCCCUCAAAAAAAAACUUACAUGGACAAUAAAUGGAGAAAAGAGAAAAUAUCCAGACCUCAAACUUUCGAACUAUGCCCCGAUAAAAUAAAACUUCCAUUGACAAUAAAUAGAGAAAAGAGAGAGCAUCCAGACCUCUCACAGUGCUUAGAGAGAGAACCAAACUUGGACCCAAUAAACUUUCGAACUAUGCCCCAAAUAAAUAAAACUUCCAUAGACAAUAAAUAGAGAAAAGAGAAAAUAUCAAGACCUCUCACAGUGCUUAGUAGAGAGAAAACCAAACUUGGACCCAAUAAA